AUGACGAAACCAGUGAAAUCCCAUACAGCGUGUAUGUCUGUAUUUUUUUCGUGCCAUCCAAAACGCGUGCAGUAUUUUACAUGUGAAAAUAAAAUUUAAUAGAAUUCAGAUUAUCCCCUCGGAGGUCGGCUGUUGCUGCAGUGCCGUGCUAAAGAACAGUCCUAGAUUUCCUGGUAAAACGUAUAACUGAUGUUGAUGUUGGCACAUGGUAAUCUCCGUUCACCUGGAAAACCCUGACAGUUGCAUUUUCACUGAUAAAAAAAAAUGAACGGACCGUGUAAUUCCCCAUUCAAGGACUUCAACCCACUCCUUUCGGUGAGCCGGUAAAGGUUACAUGUGCAUGCAUGUGCCGUGCGGAUACUCGUGUGCAGGACUCGGCGAAGGCAGUAGUGGAAGCGACCAGCCCACCUUGCCCGCGGUUCAGCUGACUGGGCAGACAGCUAGCAGCACAGACAGCUAGCUCAGAAGCACCCCAGCGCACACGGUAACGGUAGAUGACGAGACCUAGUGGCAGGGGUCAUUAGAUCUGGCGUGAUAAGGACAGUAAGACAAGGAGUGGGGGAAACGGCUUCCGGUGUGUGGGGAGACACUGCAGCAGACUGCGAUUAUAAAACACCACUCAUCCCACAGGGUUUAAAGUCCAGUACAUGCCUACAUGUAGAAUAUAAUUCUAUUCAGAACAUCGUCUGGUGCCUUUAGCUUCAGGUCUCCCAGAGUAUUGUGCAAUGGUUCCAUGGACGGAGUAAAGCCAAAGGGAGGCAACAAGCUAACUGCAUGUACCUGGUACAUCGCCCAAAAGUGCCAGCCAUCGUCUGCUGCCUGUCAACAGAAGACCAAAAAACGGAGUUCGCUAACAGUCUACAACAUUUUUUUAAAGGGAAUGUAAUGCCUAACUGAUCAUCAUGUCGGCCGUUGACAAGACCAGCGGCUUAGAGAGGAAGGUGACGGCCAAACCCAAGCUACCAGACUCCAAGGGAGAAAUGGAAAGCAAAGAGGCAAAAGCAGACCCCAAGUCCGACGGCAAAACGGAACUCCCCAAACCGGAGAUCAAGAUAGAGUGCGUCAAACCGGAGUUCAAACGGCAGGAUAGUAACGGGACUCGCAAGGUACCCACCCUCAAGAAAGACUCGUCCUUUGAGUCCAAGAAGGACAGCGGAGCCAAGGAUGGCAAAGUUGGCGAUGCGAAGAGAACUGACGGCAAGAAAGAACGGCCGGAUUCUCUGAAAAGGGACCCUAAGCUGGACUCGCCGAAAGGCAGGACGGAGUCCAUCAAGAAACAUGACUGUAGUAAAAACGUCGGGAAGAAGGUCCCCGUUGGUGGGCGGGGUAGAGGGACGGAGAGGGAGGGGCAAGGGGAAGGGAUUCCUCGGUUGCAGAGGCAAGCGAGUCAGGAGGAGACGGAGGCAGCACCGGUUCGUCGGAGGUCAAAUCCGAGGUCAAAGUUGAGCCGCAGUCAACCGGUGUCGGAUGAUUCGUCGCCGCCACACACUCCUGAUCUACCACUCACAGAACAGGCCUUUAUGAAACUUCCACGUGUGGACCAUUUCUCCAGACUGCCUCAUCAACUCAGCGGUGACAUACCGCCCAACAAAAUCUGUAAGCAACACAGCUAUGAAGCUAGGAGUGAACCGGCUCUGUCUAGAGAACCGAGCCAAGAGAAGGAAUUGUACAUAGACUCCAGUGGUGUAGACCUACACCAGUUCAUUGUAGACACGCUGCAGAAACCCAACGAUAGAACAAUGCUGCUUAAACUUGAACAAGAAUUGUGCAAAUUUAUCCAAAACCAAAAAGAACAUGUACGUAAGUUUCCCCCCAUGACUUCCUACCAUCGUAUGAUCGUCCAUCGAGUCGCUGCGUAUUUCGGGCUGGAGCAUAACGUGGACCAGGCUGGGAAGUCGGUCAUCGUCAACAAGACUCCAAACACCAGAAUACCAGAGCAGAAAUUCCGAGAGCACAUUAAGGAUGAGCCUCAGGACGCUCAGGCCAAGCGGAUCUUGAAACGGGACACAGCAAGCUUUGAUGACAAAGAUGACGAGGACAAAGGUAUUUAUGAGAAACUUGAAGGCGGUGUCAUCGUGCUAGCUCAGCUCAAAGAUGACAAGAAGAGUAAAUCCUACGAGGAACGGGAAGAGGAAUACGAGCGAGCCAGAGCCAGGAUCUUCAACCAAGACUCGGGUUCAUCUCAAGAGGGUACUAUCAUGAUAGAAUCUCCGGUCAGAGAGUCCACCUUCAACCCUUUGCUUGGCCGACCCAUGCGGACCGGUCCCCUGGCCCCCAGCAGUCGUCAGAACAGCGGCACCUCAGACGAUUCCACCUACCACUGGAAGCAGGACCGUCCCUGGAGCAGCGUGGAUUCCUCCAGCGGGUCUGAGCGGCCGUCGAUCCCCGCCGUCACCAAGGCUAGCAGCUUCGCCGGUAGCGGUCUGAGCACCAAGAUCCUGAUGCGUAACGACAGCAGCGGGAGUAGUCGCAGCAGCGGGAGUCUUGGUAGCCGAGGUAGCCUCGGCAAGCUGCCAAGAGUAGAUUCCUCAGAUCGAGGUUCUGGUAGUCCCAACGUCCGUCCAUCCCCUACGUUCCAGUACCACCCCUCGUUAGGCACCAUCAGCCAAGUUCAGCAGCACCUCCCCUCCUACUCCACCGCCCCCUACUCCACCACCCCCUCCGUCUCCAACCCCCAGUCCUACCAAUGUACCCAGGUCACCUGGGCCGGCAGUAUGCCUGGCAGUCAGGGGGUGCCACUCUUAGUCCAGUCCGGGUCGCCUCAGGGGACGCCCCAGCCGGGGACCAUCAACCAGCCGGUCCUGUUUGCUGCACCCAACAUUGAGUCUGUGCCUCCGGGAAGCGUGCUCAUCAAUCCACAAACAGGCACGCCGUUUUUAAACCCAGACGGAACGCCGAUGGUGUACCAGCCACAAAACGUCAACCAGCAACAAGUCAUGUCAACCCAGCAACAGCAGCAACAGCAACAACAGCAGCAGCACAUGCCAAUCACUAGCCUACCCAACCAGCCAAGCCACACCUUCCCAACCCAACAGCAGAUGAUGUCGCAGCAACAUGCCAUGCAGCAGCAGCAACAGCAGCAGCAACAACAACAACAACAGCAGCCACAACCAAUGGUCUCGUCCCAGCACUUGCAACAUCAACAAAUGGCCGGCCAGUUUCAGGCCGUUGGCGGUCAUGUUGGAUCUCCGGGUACCCUCUCCCAACCUUGUGGAAUGCAGCAGCAGCAGCAACUGCAGCAACAGCAGCAGCAACAGCAGCACGGGAUGGUACACCAUCAACACUCAGGGGAAUAUCCAGAUAUAACUGCACAAAUGCAGCAGCUCCACUUCACCAGGCAGCUGUCGGGCGGCGACGGCGGCGACAUAGCUCAGCAGCUGCAGCAACAACAACAUCAGCAGCAGUUGCAGCAUCAGUUACUGCAACAGCAGCAGCAACAGCAGCAGCAGCAGCAACAUCAACAGCAGCAGACGCAGCAGUCGGUCCCGGUGGCGCAGCAGUACAUGCAGAGUUCCUUUGUGCGACCCGUCAGCCAUGUUGGGAUGGGUUCCCCCGGGGUUCAGGGAGCGUCUCAACAGCACCAGCCGCAGCCGAUGGGGCAGCCGCCCUCGCAGCAACAUGCCCAGGUGGUACAUCAAGUUCCCCAGUCCCAACAAGUGAGUGUUCCAGGACCAAUGAUGCGCCCCUCGCCUCCAUCUCAACUCCUUCCCCAGCAACACUCCUUACAGGGCCUCCAACAAGUCCAACCUCAGUCCCAACAACUUCCCACCAGCAGCCCGCAUCAACUAGGGCUGGUGUCCCCCGGUAGCCAACCACCGGGGGGACCCGUCUUGUACCAAACGCAGGGUGGGCUGGUGAGUCCCCAGCAGCCCAUGGCGCCGCCAGUACAGCAAGUAUCGUACCCGCAAGGCUACCAGGGUGUGUUACCCCCUCAACAACAGCAGCAACAACAGCAGCCGAGUCAACCGCAGAUUAUGUACCAACCUCCCAUGGAUCACCAACAGCAGCAGCAGCAGCAGCAACAGCAGCAGCAGCAGCAGCAGCAACUGCCACCGUUCAGUCAAUCUCUGCCGAUAUUUUACCAGCCGGCCAACAUGGCCGGCCACCCUGCCUUACAGGGCGGCCAGCCGGAAAUGCAACAGCAACGUCCGACCUCCCCAAGUGCCCCGACUCCAGUAAUGAUAAACCAACAGCAGCUGAUGAAUUACCCCCCAGGUAUGGCUGGUCAACGCCCGCCAUCUCAACCACAACAGCAACAGCCACAACAACAACAACAACAGCAACCUCAGAUUGUGACGUCAAAUCCGUAUGUUCAAUCGGUGCCAGGAACGUUAGCAGGCCACCCAAUGCCUCCUCAGACUCUGUUGCAAUAUCACCCCCACUCGCGACGAGCUUACGGCGUGGAGCAACGUGCAAUCAAAGGCUGGGAGAUGUACGGACCAGAGGGCUCCAUGCAGAGCCCCGGAGUGUCGCCGUCACAGAGUCCUGGGCCGACAUACAUGAGAAUGAGCCCGCAAGAAAGAGGAAGUACUAGGUCUGGUCAAUUCAACAAAGUUCGUCCUCCAAGAGCGCCGCGGAGACAACGUAAGAUCCAGCACUCGGAGGCAGUCGGUCAACCCGAGCCUGUAGAAACACCCGUUGUUCCUGAAAUUCUAGAAGUCAGCAAUCUUUCGGCGGACCUGACCUGUAAGGCGGUGUUGACCCUCCUCGAGGAUGCGGGGAAACUCGGCGGGGAGAUCCGAUGGUGCCCCAACGACGGACAGAGUCCAUGUGUGGGAUAUCACCAGGUUGAUCCCAACGAGCAGGUUUCCAAUUACACCGUUCUCAUCAGGUUCCCGUCGUCAGAAGCAAGUCAGGGCGCCCUCAGUAGUCUAUCUAGUGCCAGUUUCACUCUUCAAGUUCCUGAGCGAGACUACAAUCAACGUCUAUCACACCAGCUGUCCACAUAGUCCAAUUGUUCUUUUUGUAAAUUAAUACAAUUGUUAGUAUAUUUUUUUUUCGGUCGGCUUUUUAGGCAUUUUAAUUAAACAGCUCUUCUUAAACAAUGUCGAAGCAUCACAGAAAUGAAUUGGUCCGAUAAGUUUGGCUCAGUAAAUUGUGAAUGGAGACAAAAUAAAUUGUAUUUGAAAAUUGUGUGCGUCUUUCAAAAUUGAUAGCAGAGAAAGAAAGAAAAAAUCAGAAAGAAAUAAAAUCGUUUUGCAUCGAAGAGGAAUUAUGAGACGAAAAUACUUAAAAGUUUUUGACCUUAUGUUGUAUAUGCCGUGUGGGUAGUUUUUUGUAGUCGAGCGUUGUUAGGUAGGAAAUCUUUGAAUGUUGUAGAAGCACACUUUAUAUCACAUGAUGGACGUAUAUGUAAGAAUAUAUAUUUUAAUGUUUGAAACGAAAAAGAAAUUUAGCCCAGUUUGUGUUUUUGGUUUGAAUCGUUGGUCCUCUACCAGGGUGUCAGUUUUUAUAAAUUCGGAAGUUCUGCUUAGCAGGUUUGUUUGACAUAGUAAGUUUACUUGUGAACCAACCAAAUGACAGCAUCCUUUGCAUUGGAUUUUGGCCGGUGACCGGUGAGUGUGCUUACUAUUUCUUGUCUGCUAAGCGGGAUUUCUGAUCGGAAAAUUGGCACUCCUUUUAUAGCCCCCAUGUGACUCGUUUUAACUCCUCUCUUUUUUAAACUUUGUGUUUAAUUUUACGUUUACGUGUUACGAGAUAGGAAUGCUGCAACAAUCUUAAACCUUCAAAACUUCCAAAUUUGAACCCCAGACAGAAGUUCUUUCCUUGCUGAAGGCUGGUAGAAAACUUUAUUUUUAAAAAAGAUUCUGUGACUAAUUUCCCCGAUUUUCCCUCAAGUUUGGUAAAUCCUCAUUUUUCAGUACCUGUGAUGGGGCUAUGCCUGCCUCGUACAUCUGACUCUGGCAUAGAAACAGAAAUAUCCGCUUUCGAUAAAUUGGCUAAAAUUGUGGAACAGCUCUGAAAAAGCUCACAAGUCCUAAGAAACUCUGCAGUAGCAAUUCACUUCUUUAGACUUCUCCCACUUUUUCGAAACUGCAAUUCCAAUAGACUUGAGACGUAAUGACGUAAUGGCUUCGUUGACAUGCGCUUUCCUAUGGGAGCGAAGUCAGGACGCCAGAUAAAGUGGGGACCGUCUACUACGUAGGAAAGGGCACAUGUAAACAAAGCGUGACAUCGUUUCGUCUCCGGCCUAUUCUUCCCGGGAAACACGAUAACUUCACUGGCUAGCAUUCUGAAACCUCAUAUAUGCACAAAGCCAUGUUGUUAUUCAGCUAAUAUUGCAUUUCAUAUUUCAGCCCAUUUCCCAAGUUUGACCUUCAUAAAGCCCGUCUUCUAGAGUUUUUUGGGGGUCGGUUGUCAUGGUUAUUUUAAUUUUGAAAGUGCAACUCAGUGUGUGAUUUGAACUUUGUGUAGUACAAUCACUGCAUGUGCAACUUGUAUUCAACUAUCUCAAGGGUAGAUCUCGUAGUAGUGGUCAGACUGAGACAUACUUAGCCUUUAGAAGUAACUUUUCCUUGUUUUAUGUUAUUUAUUUUACAGUUUUAGAGUGGAGAGACGUGAUAAUGUACGUCAUUCACAGGUCUUUGGCCCUUGUCAUUUCUGAAACACAAUCAAAGCUGAAAUUGAUCCAUCCAAAAUGUGCAAAAUUCUGCAUUUGAGAAUUUUUUUUGGAUUUUUGUCACCCAAAUGUUACAUUAACCGAGGGAAUAAUUCUCCACGCUUUCCUUGUUGGCUCCACAUCCGGCAAUCAGUCACUUCACAGAACAAACAUGAUGUCAAAUAAUAUUGACAGUAAAAUCGGUGCAAGAAAUUUGUCAUUUCUGUUUUUAAAUGUACAGUAUUAUUUUUUUCUUUCUGGGAAACUGAAAAUACUCACUUGAAAAUUUCCAUUUUUACCCGAUACCCUUGACCUAUACAGUUUUUCCCAGAUGUUGGAAGAAUUUGUUACGUGGAAAAAAACUGGGCAUGUAUUUUUUUUGUUUUACUUCUUGCAGGCAAGGGUCAACAAAAACCUGAAAUACUGUCACGGCUUGUUAUUUGGUAGCUAAUUUCCAGUAGAGAACUAAAACUUUAUUUUAAAAAAGAAACUUAACAAUUUUGGGUACAGUAGGUUACAUGCUUUUUUUCAUUCACUGUCAUAUGUUGUUACUGUUUUUUUAGGUAGUAAUUUUCAUUUUUGGAAAAUUGUCACGAUAGAGUUUGUCCGAACUUUCUCAUCGUGAAAUGUAAAUUGUGUACUACGUGUAGUUUAUGUUACAACUUGAAGGAAGAAAAAAAGGUACCAAAUUGAUAAUUUGCGAUAGGUUGAUUUUAAUUACCAAAGGAUUGUUUCUUGUGAGUAUUUCUGUAGCAUAAAUGAAGUAUUUCAGUAGGGUUUCAUAACAUCAGAUGUCAUUGUUUUUGGGAAAGUUUUGGAAGGGAGGAUCGUGUAUGCUUUGUGCAGUGCCGUAUGCACACAUUAUAUGCUGCCUAUCAAACCGUUUAUUUGUGCCAAAAAAAGAGUGUUUUUAAUAUGCACUGGUAUUGAGGAGAAUUUUGUCAAAAUAUCAGGAACCUGUUUCACGGAAGUCAUCAAAUAGUCUGCUGCAAAGUCACAAUUCAUCACAUCAAGAGCACGGUCACUUUCGGCCGUACUUUGUGCCUGCAUACAAUCCAAUAAAAAUGCUUACUUUUACCAUUGGUGCAUGGUGACGAU